AUGAAAGUAAAUAUUUACCCCUUCCUUCUUUCCCCCCCUCUUUCCUCCCUUUCUCCCCUCAUCUUUCUCCUCCUUUCUCUUCCCCCCUCUUUCGCCCCCUUUCUCUUCCCCCCCUCUUUCUCCCCCCUUUCUCUUCCCCCCCUCUUUCGCCUCCCUUUCUCUUCCCCACCUCUUUUUCUUCCUUUCCUUUCUUUUUUAUCCUUUCUUCACCUCUUUCGCCUUCCUUUCUCUUUAUCCACCUCUUUCGCCUUCCUUUCUCUUUAUCCACCUCUUUCGCCUUCCUUUCUCUUUAUCCACCUCUUUCUUCCUUCCUUUCUCUUUAUCCACCUCUUUCCGCCUUCCUUUCUCUCCACCUCUUUCUUCGCCUUCCUUUCUCUUUAUCCACCUCUUUCUUCGCCUUCCUUUUCUUUAUCCACCUCUUUAUCCACCUCUUUCUUGCCUUCCUUUCUCUUUAUCCACCUCUUUCUUCGCCUUCCUUUCUCUUUAUCCACCUCUUUCUUCGCCUUCCUUUCUCUUUAUCCACCUCUUUCUUCGCCUUCCUUUCUCUUUAUCCACCUCUUUCUUCGCCUUCCUUUCUCUUUAUCCACCUCUUUCUUCCCCUUCCUUUCUAUUUUUCCCCUUCCUUUUGUUCCUUUCUUUCUUUUUCCACCCUUUACUCUACCCCCCACUCCCUAA